GUUUGUUACAGUGAAACGAGCUGUUACAGUGGGAACUGCUAGGAUCAUCACUCUGCAUGUUGCCUCUUCCACCCAACCUCCUCUCUUUUUCUAAUCUCUCUCCACCCACCCCUACCUCCCUUCCUCCCUCCCCUCCUUCCUCCACCUCCCUCCCUCCCUCUUUUCAAGGAACUUUUUAUUUAAAAAAAAAACAUAUUUACAGACCAAGUGGGAAAUGAUAUAAAGGAGGACGAGGAUUUUUUUUUGAUUUUAUUUUUUUGUUGCAACGAGAUGAUCCACAAAUGAAAAGGAGGAAAAUAUGGAACUGCACAUCUUAGAGCACAGGCUGAAGGUAGCGAGUAUAGCCAAGGACGACAUUCAGUUGUUUACUCACGGAUUAAUAAAACUUGCUUUCCUGCCUUCAAAGACGAGGUGCAAGUUCUUCAGUUUGACGGAGACUCCUGAAGACUACACCAUCAUCGUCGAUGAGGAGGGUUUUAAGGAACUGCCAGGGCCCGAGCAGCUGAGCGUGGCAGAUGAGAUGUGGCUAGCGUUGAAUGUGGUGUCUGGCGGUGGCAGCUUCUCCGGCUCACAGCCCAUCGGAGUCACCAAGAUCGCCAAGUCAGUGAUCGCACCCCUCGCCGACCACAACAUCUCUGUCUUCAUGCUCUCUACCUAUCAAACAGACUUCAUCCUGGUACGGGAAAGAGACCUGCCUCUGGUCAUGCACACCCUGUCAGCAGAGUUUACCAUCCUCAGGGUAGUGAAUGGGGAGACAGUGGCUGCUGACCACCUAGGAAUCACCAAUGGAUUUGUGAAGCCAAAACUAGUUCAGAGGCCAGUUAUUCAUCCGCUCUCGAGCCCCAGCAACAAGUUCUGUGUAACCAGCUUGGAUCCCGACACCUUACCCACCGUAGCUACUCUUCUCAUGGACGUCAUGUUUUACUCCAACGGUGUGAAAGACUCGGCAAUAGGCAGCGAGGAAAGUGGUCACAUUCGGUUCUUUUCCUUCUCCCUCAUCGAACGCUACAUCUCGCUAGUAAUGGACGUGCAAACGCAACAGAGGUUUCCAAAUAAUCUACUAUUUACAAGUGCAUCUGGUGAACUUUGGAAGAUGGUUCGAAUAGGUGGGCAGCCCCUGGGAUUUGAUGAAUGUGGAAUCGUAGCUCAGAUUGCAGAGCCCCUGGCGGCGGCUGAUAUACCAGCAUACUACAUCAGUACAUUUAAGUUCGACCAUGCCCUGGUACCUGAAGAGAAUAUCAACAGCGUGAUUAACGCUCUCCAGGUCAGCCAGAACAAGAGACAUUAGGCGGAAAGCCGAGACGCUGUUGUUCCUUCCUCGCACGGUAUUUGAAGCUGGGCCUAGAUUUGAAGAAGAAUCCGUCGGGUGUGUGUGUUGAAUAGCGGAGAGAUUGUUUCCUUCCCCCCGACGAACCGUUGGCUUACUGAAGUCGUCCCCAAAGUGAAUGUUCCCUUUGUGUUCUGUUUGUGGACCGUGUCACGUUGUGCUGGUGAAGUCAAACUACUUUCUACUGAUAUUUGCCACCUCCCUCAUCCCACUGCCUUCUGUGAAGCAUCCACGAUGACUGACUGUCCUUCUGUGAAUCGCUCGGGAUAGUUUUAAGAUGCGUCACGUAGUUGAGUUUGUGUCAGUGGGGGGGGGAGGGGGGGCUUUGAGGCGGCUAAUUAAGUCUGGGACAGGUAUGGACAGUCUAGGGACAGGUACGUAAUAGUACAAAGUGAAUUUACAGCAAAACUCUGCUUUGAAGUGUCGACCAGGUUGGGGGGGGGGGGAACACUUAUCGACCGCAACGAUGACUACAAGAUUCCAACUGUCGGCUCCUGAUGCCUGUUUACCCGCUGAAUGAAAAUCAGCUUCAUUUGUGGUUCCUGGAGGGAGAGGCAGGUUGCAUCUUGCAGUGACCUUUGGCAAAGAGCUUCACCUGAUCUGUCCGUGGUGCUGACAAGGCAGUAAUCCAGUCCUGGAGCAAGAUCACACGCACGGUGCCGUUAACGGCAAAAGGUGGCGUUGGAAUCUUGCUCGGGGGGGGGUCUCGGGUCACUCACUACCUGGCGGUCGGUAGCGUGUUCCCCGUCACCCCCCGCGGGAGGUUGUGCACGGUGGGCGGGUCCGCUGGCUCCCAGCGCCGUCCACGCGUCUGGUCAGUGCCAUCAAUGGAGGUCAAUGGACAGGUGUCGCCUCCGGCACUGAUCCCACGCACAACCACCGCACAAGCACCGACCGCACCUGCCCACCGCCACCUGUGUCCUCCCAGCGUCGGGGGAACGGCAGACGGAUAGUCACCGUGGAAGGCUGACGUCAGUAGAAUGUCCCGGAAGAGUGUUUCCCCCCCCCCCCCCCAAUUUAGAGGCGAGAGAGAUGGGUUUCCGCGAACAAGAGCAAUGAACGCCCAGCUCCGCCAAGGCUCGUUUUGCUCCCCAUUCAUAUUAUGCCCAUUAUUAUCGACAAACCUGGACAAGCAAGUCGAGCGGAAAAUUCUUCUUAUCUUUCAAUGACGUUUUGAUCAAACUUUGGCCAGGCAUUCCUAAACUUGGAGAUCGGACUGCUGGGAUCUUAGGAAGGGAUCUUAUCCUUGAUGUUAACGUGUGGGGCAUAAGAUUCCGACCCAAUCAUCAGGUUCCCAAUUAGGAAUUGCAGUCUAACCCGAUAUUUUAAAUGUAAUCCCGCUGCGUUACGGAUGCCACACCUCUGGAUUAACAUAGUUCAAGCCAAUACUGAUGUAGCAUCAAGAUAAAUGUACAAUGUUUCUCGUCUGAAGUUACAGUUCAUGAGGGGGCAACAGAAUUAAUUAUGCACCACCCAUUGCAGAGUUCUGAAAAAGGGGGGAAAAGACAAAUUGGUUGAAGGGAAUAUUAAAAAAAUGUAGAUAUAUAUAUACAGCAUUCCACUUUUAUUGCUGGUCACGUCUUUAGAAGUGGCGAGAACUAACAUUAGAUUUGGUUAAGGAAGAACUGCAGAUUCUGAAAAAAAAUCGAAGGUAGACAAAAAUGCUGGAGAAACUCAGCGGGUGAGGCAGCAUCUAUGGGGAGGAAUAGGCGACGUUUAGGGUCUCUGCCUCGUCUUUUUCCCGCCUCCUCCCCUCCCCCCGACAUCAGUCUGAAGGAGUGUCUCGACCCAAAACCACGCCUAUUCCUUCUCUCCACAGAUGCUGCCUCACCCACUGAGUUUCUCCAGCGUUUUUGUCUACCGAACAUUAUAAUUGGAAUCACAUUGGCUUGGGUUUUAUAUUAACGUACAACUGAUUGUCGUCGCUGUUUUAAUAGCUCUGCUCUUCAAAGCUGACCCCAAUUUACUUUCGAAGGAGUUGAAAGAAGUGUGCAUUAUUGCUGUAUUCGCCCUUUUUAAUUCUGCAAUUGGUGGUAUAUUUUAUCGAUUAUUCUUUUAAUAGGGCAGCACCGAGUCUGGCGCCUUUAUCUCCAUGACAAUGGAUACAUGUGCUGAUACUUUAGAACAGGUGCCACCUAUCCGUCAGGGGCAGGGAGAAUGUAGAGUGCUAUUUAUAUUUUGUACACUAAUUUGCACACAGUUGCCAGAAAGCCCUUGAAUGAUAACUUGAGACCACGUUUACCUGGGUCAGGUAACCUCCGCCAUCCACCGUUUCCUUCGAUGUCAUUUAUGCACAUUUUUGUGAAAGUAAAUAGGACUUCACUUUUUUUUUGUACUCCGACAUUCACUGUAAAAUCCACUCCUUUAUUCUUCAGUGGUCGGUAGUGGAAGGAUUUUUUUGCUCUUCUAGACUCCACAGUAUUACCUGUCGGAUGUACAGUCGCAAGAGGCGAUGGCAAGAGACAUGAAGCUGCCUGUAAACAUGUGCUGAAGUGCCUGCUUAAUCAUCAGCCUGCUUCAUUAAGGAACAUUAACAAAGCUAAGAUUGUAGUUCUGAGAUGGGGGUUCCAAAGUGUGUCAUGAAAUUACGAAAUAGUUCAAAGCUGGUCUGCUUUCGAUUGAAUUUACUUUUGUUAAAAACUACAUUUUUCAUUUAUUUCAAGGCCUGGUUUACAGAAGUGAUGUGUGAUCCUUGAUCGUAGAUGCUGUGUUUUACUAUUGGGGAAAUGUGCUGAAACACUAACCGGAGAUUUUUUUAUUAAGUGUUUUUUUAACCCCAGCUGCUUGUUGAAUCAGUGGUAGCAGCAACGUUUACAAGCUAGUGACUUCUGAACUCUUCAUUUCAUGCUCGUCAUUAAUAUAUCUAUAUUUGCUGUGCCACAUUCACGGACCUCUUGUGUUUUCAUUUUUGCAUGCGUGCAUUCAGCUCGUCCUAACUUUUAGUUUGUUUGCUGCCUGUAAUUGGUGAACCACUGCGUAGUCCAUGGUGAUGGGAGAACGUGUGAAUG